GGAAGUAAUAUCCUACAGCUGGACAUCCACACAGGAGGAGGUCUUCCAGAAUGAUUGUGAAAAAAGCAUUAAAAACAUCCCUGAUGUUUAAUGAGUCCUCCAACAUGAAAUUAAGCGUGAACAAUCAAAAAGACGUCAAAACGUUUCAAAUCUUAGGGGUGAUUUUGAUACUUGGCCUUGUUGUCCUGAUGGCUGUUUACCUCAUGAGAGUGAACAGCAUAGCUGAUCCUAAUGAAGAAGAAGCAGUUGUCAGCAUUUACGGAGGGUUGGAGGAGGAAGAAGAACUCUACAGAGAUCUCCCGGGAACGACAGUAAUUGAGGAGGACACCAAUAGAUCCAAUGACUCCUGCAGCUUUGAACUUGUGGAAAAUGUUCCUUAUGACUUAGCUUUUGAGAUAAAUAGCACCGCAGCCAAACCCUUGUACCAAGCCUGGAUGAGACUCCUUGAUACAGCCCAGGAAAAAAUUCAUGUGGCUUCUUACUAUUGGUCUCUUACUGGGAAGGAUAUCAACGUCAAUGAUUCAUCUUCCAAGCAGGGUGAAGAUAUUCUGAAGAGGUUUGAGAGGUUACUUGCAGAGAAUGUCUCUGUGUAUGUUGCAGCAAGUGUGCCAACAUUGGCUACAAAUUCAACUGACCUUGAGCUUUUAGAGGAAAAAGGGGCUCAUGUAAAAAAGAUUGAUUUUGGACAUUUGGCAGGAGGAGUGUUGCAUAGCAAAUUCUGGAUUGUAGACAUGAAACACAUAUAUAUUGGUAGUGCAAAUAUGGACUGGAGAUCUUUAUCUCAGGUGAAAGAGUUUGGUGCUGUGAUAUACAACUGCAGCUGCUUGGCCAAAGACCUCUGGAAAACGUUUAGUACUUACUGGGAUCUUGGACAUGCUAAUGCUACCAUUCCACUCCCUUGGCCACUUAAUUAUUCUACCCACAUUAACAAGCAUCAGCCUCUGGAAGUAGAAUUUAAUGGAACCUUGACAAAAGCCUAUUUUUCUGCUUCUCCUCCAGCAUUUUGUCCAGAAGGUCGCACCCACGACCUCUGUGCUAUAAUCAGUAUUAUCAGUGAGGCACAGAAAUUUGUCUAUGUUUCUGUUAUGGAAUAUUUCCCUACCAGCCGUUUCGUUCAUCCGGAAAGAUACUGGCCAGCCAUUGAUAAUGCUCUGAGACGUGCAGCUUUCAACUACAGAGUACAAAUCCGGCUUCUGGUCAGCUGCUGGACCCACUCAGACCCAGCCAUGCUCUACUAUCUGAGGUCCCUGCAUGCUCUCAACAACCCACAUGCCCACAUCAGUGUCGACGUGAAACUCUUCAUUGUUCCAGUUCUGAAUCACACAAACAUUCCUCAUGGGAGAGUGAAUCACAACAAAUAUAUGGUCACUGAUAAAGUAGCCUAUAUUGGGACUUCCAAUUGGUCAGAAGAUUACUUCAUUAAUACAGCUGGCGUGGGACUAAUUAUCAAACAGAAUUCAACCAACCCGCAAAGAAGGCAACUGCCUAUCCAGGAACAAUUAAAAAACCUUUUUGAGCGAGACUGGAAUUCCAAAUACGCAGUUAAUCUGGAAGAUGUGCAGGGACAGAAAGACUGUAACUGGAGAGGCAGACUCUGAAGUGAAUUGAAAUAUACAUUUAGCAUAGAAACAACAAAUAUAUUUGAAUCUCGUUCCCCGUGCAAAACAAGGAGCUUUCUUCUUUAUGUCUUUGUCAGAGAAAUCAUUUCCUUGUGGUGUCCACAUUGUUUGACGACACGAGAACUUCUCAUAGUUGACUCUACCUGCAAAACCAUUAGUCAGUGUGUGACAUUUCCUUUUUUGUGUGAUUACCUCAUCCCAGAGUUAAUGAAAUGCAUACAGUGUUAUAUGACAGGCUGUCUGAUAUUAAAGCAAACAUGGAAGAUACAACCAGAUCUUAAUACAUCAGAGAUGCAGAUCAUUAUUGCUGUGCUAUUGUAUCUUAGGAAGAUAUAUAUAUUUCAACCUUAAUGUUCCAUUAACAGUGUUUGCUUACAUGUGUUUAAGCAUAUUUUUAAUAAACUCCUGGCCA